CACAGGCUGAAAGAAUCUCUGAGCAUCUCUGCUCUACUCCUAAUGAUAACAUGGAAAAACUCUCCAUAAACUUAGAAAGCAGAACAAAGAGUGGAGUGGGAAGCUAAUGGGAACAUGUGUCAUGCUGCCAUGGCAUCGGAGCCUGUGUGCUCUCCAGGCUUUUUUAAAACACACUUUCUGAGUGAGUUCUGGGUUCAGCUCCAGGGCUGUGGGAAGGUGGGGAGGCAGGCACAGGUCUCCUGGUGAUGCUCAGCAUCGUCACAAUGCUGCUUGCUGGGCUGCUCCUCUAAGUGCUGCCAAGGCCACAGCCUGUCAUUUGGGAAUGAUGGGUUGUGUUCCUUGCUUUGCCAAGACUUGACUCCCUUCCCCUCAAAAUACCGAGUUGUCAUAAUUAUACUGGAAGCUUGAGGACAUCCAAAAUUAGAAGCAUCAAUAUAGAAAGCAUCCUUCUCAGCUGAACUCCUAACCAAGAGCGAGUUCUUGCUGCCACCUGUUUUCCUGGAUAAAGAUGUUAACACCUGGAAAGCCUUUGAAGAGCCUCUUUCUUCUAGUUUUGUGGCUUGUUUCAUCUGCUGAAGUCAGCUGCACACACCUAUGGCUGUGACUUUCAUUCUUUUCAGUGUUUCUGACCACUGCACAAGGAAACUUUCUGGACCCCAGUACGUACUUGAGUAGGACAGACUAGAAAACAAAACCAGAAUUAAUCUAAAAUCACUGCCCAUGUGUCGCUGCUGACUCAUGGUGCCAUUACCAUCUUUCUCCUCCCCCAUCACCCAUUCUGGCUUCCCCUUUUUUUAUAUAUCUCUCUCUCUUUUCCUUCCCUUUCCUGUCUCAGGGUAUAGCGGAGUAGUUUCCCCUUUUUUCUCAAACCAGUUUUGAUCCUGGAAUCAUCUUUUCUCUAGUCAAAAUAUAGAGGGAGGCUGCCCCCAAGACAGGUUUUCUCAGAGCCAGGACACAGGAGGAGAAUCAAGGUUUGUGACUGCAGAGGCACAGACAGGACAACGCUGCUCACUGGUUCCCCUCACUGCUGACAUGCUGGAAGAGGAUAAUGAUGAGAUCUGUUGGAAUAACCUGGAGAACUUCCGUGUGAAGCUGAUCUCUGUGAUUGACCCUUCCCGGAUCACCCCUUACCUGCGCCAGUGCAAAGUGCUCAGCCCGGAUGAUGAGGAGCAGGUUCUCAAUGACCCCAGCCUGGUCAUGCGCAAACGGAAGGCAGGUGUUCUCCUGGACAUUCUUCAGCGAACGGGACACAAGGGCUUUGAGGCGUUUAUGGAGAGUCUGGAGCUUUAUUAUCCCCAGCUGUACAAGAAAAUAACUGGCAAAGAGCCCAGCAGGGUUUUCUCUAUGAUUAUAGACACGGCUGGGGAGUCUGGCCUGAGCCAGGUGCUGAUGAACGAGAUCAUGAAGCUGCAGAGCGCGGUGCAGGAGGAGCAGCGCAAGGCGCAGGAGCUGACGGUGUGGCUGCACUCCAAGGAAGACGCCCUCAGGGAGAUGUGGGUCAGGGACAGCCUGCUCCGCAAGCACCAGGAGCGGGCCCAGAGGAUGAAGGAGGAGAGGGACAGCCUGAGCAAGGAGCUGCGGAAGUGCAAGGACGAGAACUACAACCUGGCCCUGAGCUACGCCAAGCAGAGCGAGGAGAAGAGUGCGGCCCUCAUGAAGAACAGGGACCUGCUGCUAGAGAUCGAUCACCUGAAGCACAGCCUCAUGAAGGCUGAGGAUGACUGCAAGCUGGAGAGGAAGCACACGAUGAAGCUGAAACAUGCCAUAGAGCAGCGCCCCAGCCACGAGGUGGUGUGGGAGAUCCAGCAGGAGAAGGAGCUGCUCUUGGCCAAGAACCAGGAGCUGGAAAACACUCUCCAGGUCGCCAGGGAGCAGAAUUUGGAGAAGAGCCUCUCCAAGGAUAUGCUGGAGAAUGACUGCAGCCAGAUCCUGGAAGAGCGCCGGGAGCUGGUGAACACCAUUUACAGCCUGCGCAAGGAGCUGCACCGAGCCAAGGUGCUCCAAGACAAACAGUUUGCAGAGGAAAAAGAGGUGCUGGAGCUACAGUGCACAUCUCUGAGGAAGGACUCCCAGAUGUACAAAAAACGGAUUGAAGCUGUUCUGCAGCAGAUGGAGGAAGUGGCUUUGGAGAGAGAUGAGGCUCUCCUGACCCGAGAGCAGUUCCACGUGCAGUAUUCCAAAAACCUGGUGGAGAAGGACGCCUACCGCAAGCAGAUCCGGGAGCUGGGGGAGAGAUGUGACGAGAUGCAGCUGCAGCUCUUCCAGAAGGAUAGUCAGCUCCUGGCCACUGAGGCCAAGCUGAAAAGGUUGCAGCUGGAGCUGCCCACACCGACCUCUGACCUGGAUGACACCUCCUCCAGAGAUUCCCAGGAACUUGCUCUUCACAGUCACCUGGAUGAAGAUACACAGACAGCUAAAAAAGAUUGCCUGGAAGGAGAAAACGAAGAACUUAGCCCUCGAGAGAGCAAUCUGCCCCCAAAAUCAUCAAGUGAGUGUGGCUUGGCCAACGAGGAACUGGCAGAAAAGGAGAGGAGAAGGAUGAAGGACUGCUUUGAGCGUUACCGAAGGUCUGCGCUGCAAAAAAGAGCAAUGAGAAGGGUGCCCAAGGACCGGCACCACGAGGCAGACUGGGAGAACACCUCGGGCAGCGACAACACCGACACCGAGGGCUCCUGAGAGAGGGACAACACCAAGGUCCCUUGGGAAGGGACAACACCGACACCAAAGGCUCCUCAGGAGCCAACCCCUGAGGGAAACACCAGCCUAUGCGUAGGGUGCCUGUGCUUCUCAAUUUCACUCUCGAUGGACUGUUUAGAUUUUAAAACCAUCCAAACAACCAUUUAUGAAAAGUGCUAAAGUGACACUAUUGUUUGGCUCUGACUUCCCCGCAGUUAAUAAACACGUUUAAAUAUCUACGUGUGA